CAUGUCAUCUAAUAAGAGUUGAUGUCUGUGCGUGUGAGUGAGUCAAAACGUCCCCAUAUAAAUUUCACCCCAUGUUGAUAUUCAACGUCCCAAGAUCCUCAUUUUGCUACCAUUCUCAUUUCUCCCUGGCUAGCUAUUUUCCAUUCCUCGCAAACAUAGCUAGGCCAAACCUCCAAACUUCACCAACAAAAAAAUGGGUGUUCUUGUCAAGCUCAUUGAUGCCUUGCUCUUCCUCUUGCUCCUGGCGAUUGCUUUUGAAAAGCCAUUGAUCGAAGCACAAGCAUGUCUCCCCGGCGACCUCUACCCCAACAUUCUGGUGGACCUCAGGAACUGGUAUGCCCGCGAGUCGGGCGACUAUCUCAUGACGGAGAUGCCCGAUUUCUAUGUCGGGAUCAUGUGGGUUGAGCUUGUUUUUCAAUUGCCUCUCGUGUUCAUCAACCUUUAUGGAAUCUUGACUGGCAAACCUUGGUUCAACAUCACGUGCUUGAGCUAUGGCAUCUCUCUUUUCACUUCUAUGGUGCCUAUAUUUGCAGAAUUGACGGGGUCAGGAAGGGCACCUGAUAAGCUCUUGACUCUGUAUUUUUCUUUCUUGAGUUUAGGUGUUUUGGCCAUACUGCGUGGGCUGCUACCAACCUCAUCAACCAGGUCUUCUGCAACCAUAGGCAAGAGACCUGCUUCCGGUAGGAAGAAGAAAGUUUAA